GUAGAUGUGUCUCAGUAAUAUAUUUACAGAGCAAGGGAGCAGUGAUCGUCACGUCGCGCUAAAAAUAGCUCAUUGGCAAGUUCGUGAUGUGUUUUCAGUGCAGUGUAAACAGAUAAAACAAACCAAACAAGUGUCCGCAAAAUAAUGACCGAGUUGAUAGUGUCCCGCGGUGACACAUUUCCGAGAUCCUUUUUGGAUACGUAUCGUGCCAGUCGGACCAGUGAACAGUUAUACAAUGACUUAAAAUCGAGUAAAAGCGACGAGUUGGUGCUGCAGAACCCGGCCGAUAUCCCCAUCACCGCGGAGAUCCAUCAUGGGCACUCGGAGAACCUCUUGGACGCUUCCGGGUGUCUCUCGCCGGCCGAGAGCGACUUCUUGGACACGUCGGAGCUGAUUUUGACCAGGAGUAAGACCAGGAAGGUUCGGCCCGACUACGAUAGGGUAGACCCGGAGGACAGCAUCAGGGACAUCGUCACAGGGAACGAUUUCUACAGGUUUGUGCUGUUCAAAAAACACUACGACAAAUACGUGCACCUGUCGCAGAAAUAUGAAGAGGCAAGAAACAUCGCUUAUUAUUUGGAAGAGAAAUACCACGAAGUCAAGACGGAGAGGGAUGAUCUCAUCCAACAGAGAGACAUGCUCAGCAAAAGACUGGAAUCCAACGAAAGCUUAUUGAGGGAGAAGGAAGACGAGGUUUUUCUGCAGUUCGAGCGGGUGGUGUAUCUGGAGGAACAAUGCGAUAAGUUGAAAGCCGAAAAGGAGAAAUACCAUCAACAAAAACUAGCGAUCGAAAAGGAAAGAGAAGCCGCCUACAGGCUGCUGACCGAACAAGCGAGAGAAUCGGAACACACACGUAGGAAACUGGAAAGGGCGCGCCAGGAAGUGUUUCAUCACAUGACGCGAAUGAAAUACGAAAAAGAAAGCUUAGAAAGAGAGAACGACCAGCUGAAGGAGGCCUUGGAGGCGGAGCGGAAAGGCAUGAGGAAGUACCUUAACCAGAUGCACCAGAGGAAAAAGCAAGUGGAGAACCUCGAAGGGCAGCUCGUGGAACGCCACAAUGCGCCGCUGGCGUCGCAGUACCAGAAAGCUCUCCAGCAUCUCGCCACAUGCAAGAAGUGUUCAGUGUGUUCGUACGCCAAGGCCACCUACAGGAAGAACAGCCGCAAAUACGACAGGAAAUUGCUGGGCUGCCUCCAGACACCCUUCCUGGAAAUGCGCAACAUGAUCAAGCCCCCUCCUUCUCCCAUCCAUGGAGAAGGCGAGAGCCUCUCCGAGUGGUUCUGCCACCUCAAUACUCCAAACCACAGCGAAUGUUCCUCCCUGAGCGUGCCCUUCGCCGAACUGGCGAUCACCUACAUGGACGACACCUCGGACACCUCGUCGCAAUGCCUUAGAGACCACGACGAGGACCACGACGACUCCUCGAGCCAAGUGGCAUGCAACAGUGGGAAAGGUUUCGGCAGCGAUUCCGGUUUCUCUUCGGACAUUUGCGGGGAUUUCAAAAGCAACGCCACAACGCCGAAAGAGAAAUUCAGCCCGAAUGGAACUCUGGACGAGGCUGACUGUGCCAAACUGACUCGUACAAAAUGGACUGCGUCGUUUAGGAAAUUAAUCAAUCGCAUAAAAAAGUAGACUGUCAAAAGCACAAAGGGGAAGAAUCACGUAACAAUAAAUUAGUAGGUGUUAAACGGAAUAUAAGACUUGAAUAUAUUGAAUGAAUAUCAAAUGUUUCUAGGUAAAUUUUCGAAUUUAUCGAUCGAACCCACACAGGUUUCAUGUGUCAAAUGUUUGUUAUAUCUAAUACGUAUCUCCUGUUUUUCGAGUGUACCGAUUUUUUUGUAGGUCAAACUUUAAUACUCCGCCCGUAGGUUGAUUCCAACAUUUAUAGUUAAUGUUACAUAAGUGUGUUACACAAAUGUUACGAAUAUUAAUAGGAAUUGAUCUAGUUGAGCGACACUUCGAGUUUCCACUCCGUUAAAGCGUUUAAAUGUUUAAAAAAAAUCAAAACUAUACAAUUUUGUUACUUAAUGAUGGAUAUUUUGAACAAUGCGUGCUACUUAAGGUGUUUAGUAUUUAUUCUUGCCUUUUUAUAUUCAGUUUUUAAGUCAGGAAGGUCCUAGUUUUAUCUUUACGUGUAAGUGCCGUCCAGUUAUUUUUUAAUUCAGUUAUGUCGACGUUUAGUAUUAUUUCAUUUAUUGGUGGCAGCCUUUUAGGUUUAUAGCUAUUUAUUUGACCAUUCCAUUUAUGUAAGCUGUAGGAUUAAUUAAGAAUCUGUGUAAACACAAGAUCUGCAUUAUUAAACGUGUUUAAUAUGCAGAUCGACAGAAUUUGUGAUAUAAUAAAUGACUCGUCUAUGAUA